CAAAUCAGUCGUUCACAUACAUUUUUAUAUAGGGUUGUUGUUCAAACAUUUUUCGUGGCAUUUGCUCGAUCUAGAAAUUAUCGUUUAAUUUGGUGGAAGUUAACAUUUUUUAGCCUCAGCGUACAUUUAUCAAUAAAAUAUAUGUGAAAUACUUUGACAAUUGCUUGCAAAAUUCCUUUGAAAAAUACAUAAACAAAAUGGAAACGUCACAUGGUUUGUUGUGAUUAGUUGAAGUGUAUUUCCAUGGUUAAUCUCAUAACAAUCACGUUCUUAAGGCUACUAAAGAAGUGAUACAUUACUCAGUGUUUUGAUUGGACUGUGGUUUGUGCUGUGUUGUGUCUAAUGCGCCGACAAAAUGAAUUGGUUCGACACGUCAGGCCUUACGACCCUCGCUAAGAACGCUCUGAAGGAGGCUCAGAAGACGAUUGACAAGGCUUUGGAUAUUCAGGAUGAGAGUGGAGACGAGCUAGAGGAGGAGUCUACACCGCAAACUAGCGCCAAGUCAUCACCAGGUCACAGUAACACUUUACAAAAGGACAAUUCGGAUUUCUUUUCCUCCUGGGGUCUGACUGUCAGUGCGGAGAGUGAACAGAAUUAUCCUAUCAAGGAGCAGCCCGUCGUCACCGAGAGUCCCUCCAAGUCGACGUCUCAGAGCAUCUGGGGCUCGUUUGCUGGCUCGUUCUUUGAACAACCUAAAGAAGACGACCCUGCAAUCGUGAGACCACCUAAAGCUAAGUCUAUGAACGUUAUUUCUGAUACCAAGUAUGGUAGCCAUGAUGACCUGUUCUCUAAGAGUCAGUUGAUCAUGUCAGAUAGUGAGGCACUAGAUCACAGAAUCACAAAAUCUUUAAAAGAUGAACUACCUAAAGGGAAUGAAAGGCGUGAUUCAGCAAAGUCACACAGAUUGUCACUUGUGUCUAGUAGGAAUAGUUCUGACUCAGUGGAAGUGUUGUCUCAGAGCAUGAAGACAACUCCUGACUCUGAAGCGUCCGUACAUUCCAUAUCACAGAGCAGUAGUACCGGCCAGAAACAUAACUCAGAGUCUGUAGAAAUAUUGCCUGAUAGUCUGGUUAGCCCUAGCUCCAUUGAGUGCCUUGGUUUUGAUAGCUAUUCUAGUGAAAGAAACAGCAGCUCAUCCUCCCUCUGCCUUUCUCCUGGAGACUUGAGUGACAAGAAGUCUACUCCCAUUGGUGAUAAGACUGAGAAAGCUGAAACUGCUGACAGUGUCAGCUUAGUUGCUGAUGACGAUGAGGAUACUAUGUCGUACAACUCCAUAUCAGAAUGUACUGCACCCACUGUGUUAGAUACUGAUGACAAAUCUGUGAGCCCCUUUCCUAAGCUAGUUAAGCCAGAUGCAAGUAGGAAAGUUAUUGAAAAAGAAUUUAUACAUUUGGAACAAGCUAUUCUGCCACAGAGGAUGCAAAUUAGUGAGAAUUCUUCAAAUGAUGGCUCUUGGUCAGACAGAACGCUAAAUGCUGACAAUGACAGUAUUAACUUAGAUGUAACUGCAGAAGAACAGAAAAAGGACCAAGAAGACAUUCUUAUUGAUAAACUGAGUGAUUCAUCAUCAUUCUACAAUGUUAAUGUUUCUAAUGACAUGCUGAGGUCAGAAAGUUCAGCAUUUGUCAAUGUUGAGAAGCAACAGUGCAAUGAAUCCAGCAGUAGUUCCUCUCAGAAAGAUGGCAGUGUGAAAGAAAGGACCUCUCCGAUAAGUUCUGACAGCAAAAGUGAUUUAGUGAAGAUAGGGUCUGACCGUACUUCAGGGCACACGUCUGGGGAUGAACUUGAAACUGCUACAUCUUCAGAUAUAGAAAUCAUUCCAAGCCCUAAUGGGGAUGGUCAUGGCUUCAGAAACAGUCCUGCUAAAUAUGCUUUUAAACAGUCAAAGUUUGAUGGCACUACUUCUCCAAACUUAGUAGACUUGGUGUUAGGAAAGUCUUUAGCUACAAAGAUAAGGGGUCAUAACCGGGAGUUAUCAGAAGCUUCAGUUCAGAGUAACACAAGUGAUGAGAGCCAGGGAUCAGAGAACGAGAGACUGAUGCGGAGACUGUGUGAGAUGGCAGAACUGUUGGAGGCAAGAGAGAACAGACUGUUAGAGAUGAGCAGAAAUAAUGCAGAUCUGGCAGAGAAUAAUGCUGACCUGAAGAGUCAGGUGGAGUCAUUGAUAUCCAAGCAUGAGGGUGGUGAUAUUAAUACCAUCACAGAAGAUUACACUCAGAGAAUGUCAGCACUGGAAAAGAAGUUUCAACAGGCGAUCAGAGAAAAGGAUCAGCUACGUAAGCAACUAGACACAUUCAAGUCAGAGUCGACCGCUCGCAAGAACUCCUCGGAGCUAGAGAACAGCCUGAAAGAGAAGGACGAGGUGAUAGCCCAGCUGCAGGAGGAGGGGGAGAAGUUGGCGCGUCAGCAGCUGCAGCACUCCAACAUCAUCAAGAAGCUGAGGGCCAAGGAGAAAGACAAUGAACAGGUCAUUAAGGGCUUGAGAGAUAAAAUAGCAGAGCAGACCACAGAACUAGACAGGCUGAAGAGAUCAAUGGCAGCUAAGGAGGAGUUGGAAGUCAGCCAGAUUGAGGCUGUGUACCGCCUCACCACGGCUAACAAGAAACUUGAGACUGAACUUAUGGAGACAAAGAGUCUACUCGAUGACACAACCCACAAGUUGGAAGGCAGCCGGUUGUCGCUCGACAGUGCUCGGCGCGAGCUGACUGAGCUGCAGCGCACCAGUGCCGAGCUGGCGCGACGCUCGGCGGGACACGAGCAGGCCCAAGACGAGCAGCGCAGGGCUCAGCAUGAGCUGCAGCAAGCCCGCGCUGAGCUGCAGCAGCUUAGAGCUGAUAUGGUGAACGAGGAAAACAAAUGGGUGGCGCGAGAGCAAGUGCUGCGGCAGGAGCUGCGCGAGAUGCGCGAGGCAUGGUCCGCCGUGGAGAGCAGCAGCGACGCCGGCGCCGGAGACAUCCCCGCCGCCGCCGUGCUGCAGCAGCUCGCGCAGCUCCAGCGAGCCGCCCUCCAGCGCGACCAGCACCACGCGCACGUGCUGCGCCAGCGCGCCCAGCAGCACGCGGAGUCGGAGCGUGCUCUAGCCGCAUCAGUGGAGCGCGAGCAGGUCUCCCGCGAGGAGUGCGGCGCGCUGCAGCAGCGCCUGGCGCACGCCGACGCGGCGCUGCGGGCCGCGCGGGAGCAGCUGCAGCACGCGGCGCGGCGCGAGGACGAGCUCGUCGCCAGGCUGCAGCGGGCCGAGGAUGAACUUACUCUUAAGAGCCAAGAACUGGAGACGUUACGGACUCACUACGAGUCCCGGCUGUCUGAGCUGCAGCAGCAGCUGACGGAGACGGAACAACUCCUGGUGGGGGAGAGGGACGCGCUCGACACUGAGAAGAAGAGAAAUGCUAUUCUACAGGAGCAGGUAUCAAGUCGUGGCGACAUGUCCCCACCGCACUCCGUCGCCUCCGACUCGCUCUCCGCGUCGCUGUGGCAUUCCGAGGCGGGCGGCGAGGGUUGCGCGACGCCGCCGGGCGGGUCGGCGCUGGCGGUGCAGGACGCGCUGGCGCAGCUCACGCGCCGCGACGGCGAGCUGCGCGCACUGGCGGCGCAGCGAGACGCCCUGCUCAGCGAGCGGACACACCUCACCCGCCAUCUGGCGCGGCUGCAGGCACAGCUCGACACCGCACAGAGUGUGCAGGAGCAGUACGACGCGCUGCUGCAGAUGUACGGCGAGAAGGAGGAGCAGCUGGCGGAGCUGCGCCUCGACCUGCACGACGUCACGCAGCUCUACAAGCAGCAGCUCGACGAGCUCAUCGCGCUCAAGCAGAAGCGAUAGCCGACGCCGUGUACACUCACGCCUCGCGACCACUGACGACACGACACUGACAAGUAGUAGGCGACGAAUAAAAAUACACUCUUUUUAACGGGCACUGUAAAA